UAAUUGAUUCAAAGCAAUCAAAGCAGAUUCAUCUGAUCUAAAAUAGGAAAUGCUGUGAUGAGGCAUUCCUUCUCAACACAUUGUAAUGUUAAUGCCCUCAAGACCUGACAAGACCAGUGUGUUGAGGUCAUUCAGUCGUAAGCAGCUAUAAGUGUUCGUCACCACUGCCUCAGCUCAGGCAGAAGGGAUUAAGGCAUGUACUUGGAAGGAGAAACGAGAGGCUUUUCUUAAUCUGCAUAGGUUCUUAAUACCUGCCAGGAUGGAUCUUGGUAAGGCAAAGCUGCUUCGGACGGGUCUCAACACUCUACAUCAAGCUAUCCACCCUGUGCACGGGAUAGCAUGGACAGACGGCAAGCAGGUCUGCCUGACAUCUCUUUUCUUCGUCAAUGGCGAGGUGCAUUUUGGGGACACUAACGUAAUUGGGCAGUUUGAGCAUGUCCUUGGGCUCUUUUGGGGCCCGCUGUGCUGCUCUGACUCUCCUGCCUUGCUGGCUGUUCAGCACAAGAAACAUGUUACCGUGUGGCAACUGCAGCUCAGUGCGCUGGAGCAGAACAAACUGCUGUGCACUCAGACCUGUGAGAUGAGCGAGCCCUUCCCCCUGCUCUCCCAAGGCUGUGUGUGGCAUCCUAAACUGGAUAUUCUGGCUGUGCUGACCAAGAAGGACACUAAUGUGCUUUUUUCUGUCAGGGUGGAUAACAGGAGAAUUAAAGCGGACAUCAAAGGUAGUGGACUUAUCCACUGUGCAUGUUGGACUAAGGAUGGUACGCGCCUGGUAGUGGCUAUAGGAAGCUCUCUACACUCUUACAUCUGGAAUGACAUCCAGAAGAGUCUUGCUGCCUGCUCUUUUUGCCCCAUUUUUGAUGUAGGAGGCUACAUAUGUGCUAUCGAGGCCACAGGAGAGGCUCAAGUAGCUGUAGCUACAGAGCUGCCUCUGGAUAAAAUAUGUGGGUUGAAUGCAGGCAUGGCCUUUGACAUGCAGCCAGAGGCAGAGUCUGUGCAGGGUGACGGGUCUCAUUUGUCAGAAGAAGACAUUCCUCUGGACUCGAGAAGAAGGUCUUUUGAUUCAGAUAGGUCAUACGUCCCUUGUUCAGGCCCCUUAGAUCUCACCCACCUCCUGGCCAGGCAUCGUCGCUCUGACCCCAGCCCCAUUAUUCACCUGCGUCGUAGAGACACCUUGACAGGCACUGGUCAGGACUCCUCAUACCUCAUCCUGGUUACCUAUGAGCGUAAAGUCACCACAAGUCGCAAAGUCAGUAUCCCAGGUAUUUUGGUUCCAGACAUUGUGGCCUUUGACCCACGUGGCUCCACCGUCGCCGUGGCUUCCAACACCUGCAACAUGGUGCUUGUGUAUUGCAUUACAGCCUCAGCCAUGCCGAACAUUCAGCAGAUCUCUCUGCAGACAAACGAGAAACCUAAAGGAGUGUGCUUCCUCAAUGACAAGAUGCUGCUGUUGAUGGUGGGCAAGCAGAAGUCCAAUGACCCUGCCUUUCUCCCAUCGUCUAACACGGAUAAAUAUAUUCUUCGACUCAUAGUUAAAGAGCUGAUGCUUGAUGGAGAAACUUCUGCCCCACCUUCCCCCUCUCCUCUCAACCAUGAGUCACCUUCAAAUUUCUUCGCAGGGAUUAGAAGGCACUCAGAGCACCAGUCCAAGGAUAACAGGGAGCACAGAGGGAUAAAGGAUUUGGUUUUGCCUGGAGGGGGAGUUGUUCGCUCACCAGGCAACAGGCGUAGGCUGGUGGAGGAAGUAAGGAGUGGCGAGCCCAGCCCCGUCACCAGCUCCGUUGAGUUCUUUGAGCAGACAUCAGCCACAUCCAGUGCCUCCUCCAUCACAGUUGAGAAUUUUGACAUGGAGCAUGUCAACCGCAUGACCAGCCUGGCGGUGGCCGGCCAGCCCAGCAGGGACCCCAGCCGGACCAACUCUCCUCGCCCCGAGCCGGUGGACAAACUCCACACAGAUGCCACACUGCCAAUGGCUGAAAAGACAUCAAGCCAGGCAAAGGAGCGCACGCUGGAGCAGCUCGUUCAUAACAUGGAGAGGCUUUUUACUCGCUUUGCAGAUGUACAACAGUGCAUGGGAGAAAUCAGAGAUUAUAACCAGAAUGGCAAGAAGGCCCUGAGUGUCUACCCCACUGCCUCUGAACCCCCCUACGUCAAUGUCACAUGUCAGAAGCAGUUAUCAGAAAAUGUGUUCAUUGAUGAGCGGAGGCCAGUGCUGCUGUGUGACGGGAAGCUGUGUCUGCGUGCCCUCCAAGAGCUCUUCAACCUCACCAUUGUUGAGAUGACAUAUGGUCCAUUGUGGAUUGUGCUUGUAGCAGAUGCAGACGGCUUUGUUCCUCUGACGUUCAAGCCCAAAGAGGAACUCACAGUGCGCAAUGGGAAGCGAAAAAAUACGCUACGUACUCCUGGGAGUCCAGACAACUCCGUCCCCUCCAGUCCGGCCCCCUUCCAGACCUCCAACACAACCUCAGAAUUCUCUUAACACACAAAAUGAAGUAUAAUUGUUUCGGAAAUAUAUCUGACUCAAUCCAAAA